AUUUACUUCGCAGCAAAAAUAAUUUUGUAUGAGAGGCAGAGCUAAAAAUUUUUUUUUUAUAGCUAACAAAAAUUUAUUUUGAUACUAUUUUUAUCAUCUUACAAGUCAGACUGAAGAUCCCUUAUACAUACAUAUAUAUAACUAUUCAUAAUGAGUUCUUCUUCAAACUUGAAAUACGAGGAUAUUCCUAAGAGAUACAUAGAUCCACUGGUGCCAAAGGGUAAAGGAGAAGGUAGUAGAAUCAACGGUAAAGAUUGGAAAAUGAAGAAAGAUGCUUUCAGAGUUAAAACUUUAGGUGUUAGUAAACCAAAAUCAUUUAAAGAAAGAGAAGAAAAGAAAUUACAAGAAGUUCAAUAUAAAGUUAGAAUGAAGGAGUUGAAAGAGGAAAAAGAAUCGAUUAGAAAGCAAAGAAUAGAUGAUUUGAAAAAGAGAAGAGAAACCAAAGCUGAAAAGGAACGUUAUGAAUUAAUAGCUGCCAAGAUGCAUGCAAAGAAGGUUGAUAGAAUGAGAAAGAGAGAAAAGAGAAACAAGCUCUUGAAAGAACGUUAGACCUUCUUUCAUGUUGUAUCUCCCUUGAUAUCUUUAUGUAAGUCUUUAGUCAAGGUCUACAUAUUCAUUUAUCUACUUAUUCAUUAAUUCAUUCAUUCGUCAUUCUACACAUUCUACUUCAUCGAUUUGUAUUAUUAGCAUUCCAUUACUAUUAUCUUUAUUCCAAUAACAGGUUAACUACAGUUUUACACUAUUUUUAUAUAUCCUUCAUUACUACUAUAACUUUUCAUCUAUUGAUUUUAAAAAAUGAUUGCAUUUCUUAUUCAUGACUCCCAUCAGCACAGUUAACACCAUCCCAAUCAAUCAUUCAUACUUACCCCAUACAUCUAGUUAUUAUCUAUCUAUAUAUAUUUAUGAUAAAUCAAAGAAAAUUUAAUGCUGCUCUUUCCUAAUUAGGAAAAACUCAUCGCCUGUAAAUCACGUUUAA